AUGGCCAAAGAAAAGACUACAAAGAGAUCUGGCACAGUCAAAGCUGAAAACCCAAACGUACGUCAUAAAGAUGCAUUCAAAAUAGUGGCUCAACGUUGGAAAGAUUCAACUGAAAAUCCAAAGAAUCAAGUUCAAGCCAAGUAA